CUUUAUAGACAGAGCCGGUGGGAGAAAAGGACAGGGACAUAUGAAAGCUGGAGAAAUGAUGAAGGUCAGCUUGUGGUCAGCUGGGAACAGACUGCACUGUUGUCCUCUACAGCUGUUCUUUUUCCUCCUAAUGUUUUUUCCUUUGAGAGGUGAAUCUCCUGCAUUAGUGAGGCUAAUACUGACCGCCUCUGCAGAGUGUUCUCUGAGACUAGAGAGUACAAAGCGGUCUCUCUCAGCCAGAUGCAGCAACAUCCAUGUCUGAUUCUUCCCCUGUGGAGGCUCGUCACUCCUGACCGCUGUGUCUCACACAUGUGACACCAACCUUCUCCUGAUGGAGUGUUUUCCCUGGGAUGGUGCUGAUGUGGUCAGCUCUUUGUGGUCAGUGGUUUGUGGAUAGAAUUUUUUUGUUUGUUUUUUGUUUGUGUUAUUUUAAAAGAUAAAUGCUCCAGGAGCCUUGCUGUUCUCUGUGAGACUUAGUGGUGUAGUGGUAAAGUCCUUGUCCCCCAAUGUUGGGGUUGUUGGUUCAAAUCCAGCUCUGACCUGGCAGCCUGUGAGUUGAGAGUGGGUGGAGCUGGAGCAUGUGGGAACUAAUGCUGGAGGGAGUUCCUGAAAAGUGAGGUGAUAGUUAUUUUUUACAGCGGUCUCUAGAUUAUGCAAAAACUAAGUCGAACCUCUCUCUUUAGGUUCCAUAACCCCCUUAUUGUCCCACUCUGGCUCUGGGGGGGCAGCUGCCCGGAAUACCCCCCCCUCACUUGCGCCUUCCAGGCGUUCUGUACCUUCCGCCAUCACAUACCUUCCACAUCUUUCAUCGAGAGCUGUCCACACUCAUGAUCCUGGAGUCCUGGCUGGGGUUUGAACCAGCAACCUCUCAAGCCAGAGGCAAUGCUCAUCCACAUGAGCUACAGGAUCUCUUACACACAUGCUGCAUUAUAGACCUUAUCUCCUUCAUCUAAUUAAUCCUGACCUGAAGCUGAAAAGCAACAAACCAAGAUUUGAACCUCAAACCUCAGGCACCAGAGUCUGUGACACUAACCACUUCACCACUGGGGAAGAAUGAAAACAUGAUGGAGUUUAGUCUUAAUAAAUGGUUCAGAGAUCCCUGCACACGAUGUAAAAAGAUCAUGAGCCCUAGACUUGAUCCCAGGACCUCAAGCACCAGAGUCUUUGACGCUAACCACUACACCACUGGGGAAGUAGGAAACCUACUGGAGUUUAGUCUUAAUAAAUUGUUCACAGAUACCUGGUCAAGGUGUAAAAGACUGUUUUAUGUCGUCUUUGCUCUGUUUGCACCUAGUUGCACACUUUGCACUUUAUGUGGCUCAGACAAACUUCUCUCUUAACUCUCUGUUGUUGUUUUUGUGUCUGAAACGAAAUGUUGUUUGUUUAUGUAGCACGAAGGUCCUGGUGAAAUGAUGUUUCAUUUCACUAUGUACUGCAUCAGCUAUAUGUGGUUGAAAUGACAAUAAAAGCUUCUUGACUUGAAAAGGGUGAGGAGAACUUGAACCUGCAACCAUCAGGCAACAGAAUCUGUAACACUAACCUCUACUUAAUCCUGUGGUGCUAGAAACCAGCUCACUAUCCACUACACCACAGGGGUUGGUGUUGUUUAAUAGAUUUUUGUUUUAAUAAACAUGUGAGAGAGCACUACAGCAAAGUGUUUAAACUGAGCACAUUCAGACUUGAACCAGGCCUCUCAGACACCAGAACCCAAGCUACUAACCGCUACACCACUCAGGACAGCCAGUUCAGGAGGUUGGGACUUUUGCCUUAAUAAGCAGUAAUACAUGGUGACGUGUUAAAGCAUGUCUAUGGCCCGACUCCAUCCAGGGACCCAGAACCCAGCCCAGUACCCACUAGACCACAGAGACAAGUGCUGGAGUUUUACUUUUGCCUUAAUGAACAGCUGAAAUGGUGCAAGCAAAGUGUUUAAAGUAAAGACCACAGGACUGGAUCCAGGGAUAUAACACACACCAGAGACUGUCACUAUUCAAUACACCACCAGAGGACAGAAUUGUGUUGCUGCUUCAAGACUUCUGUCUUAAUAAACAGCCUGAACAGGAGACAGUAAAGUGUUUAAAACUGAGGUAAAGACACAGAAGACUUAGUCCACCACUAUCAUCAUCAUCAUCACACCAGAGUCCAUAACAAUAGCCACUACACCACUGGGGACAGCAGCUACAGCUUGGACUUUUGCCUUAAUAAACAUCUCAAAGGAGACAGGGGGGAAUUGUGUUUAAUUCAAUUCAAUUCAAUUUUAUUUGUAUAGCACUUUUAACAAAGAGCAUUGUCUCAAAGCAGCUUUACAUGGGAAAACAUAAGAAAACAACAAACAUAUAAACAGACAGACAGACAGACAGUCCUAGAUGUUAUCCCAAGAGAGCAAGCCUGAGGUGACUGAGGCGACUGUGGCAAGGAAAAACUCCCUUAGAUCGUAAGAGGAAGAAACCUUGAGAGGAACCAGACUCAAAAGGGAACCCAUCCUCAUUUGGGUGACAAUUGUGUGAUGCAGAUACAGCAUGUGUAUAGUGUUAUGUAAAUCAAUAAGGAGGUUGUUGUCCAUGGUGCUGCUUGAAUAUCCCAAUCCUCACGAGCAGAACCCGGCUGGAGCUGGUCCAUCUCCGGAUGCCACUGGAGCCGGCACAGUCUCUGUAUGCCUCGGGAUGGGUAGAAGAAGGGAAACAAUGGAACAGCAUUAGCGUAGCUGCUGUUCAUAAUAUUAGCAGUACUAGAUGAUAAUGUGCAUUUAAUCAGAUGUACUGGAGUACAAGGUUAUGGGAUGUGUUAGAUGUAUGCCUGGAAAAGAGAUAAGUCUUUAGUCUACAUUUAAACUGGGAGACUGUGUCUGAGCCCCGAACACUGUCAGGAAGACUAUUCCAAAGUUUAGGAGCUAAAUACGAAAACGCUCUACCCCCUUUUGUGGACUUUGAUAUUCUGGGAACUACUAGAAGUCCAGAAUUUUGCGAUCUUAAAGAGCGUGGUGGAUCGUAACGUGUUAGAAGACUGGAGAGAUAGGUGGGAGCUAAACCAAUUAGAGCCUUGUACGUGAGUAGAGCUAAUUUAUAGUCAAUUCUAAGUUUAACAGGUAGCCAGUGCAGGGAUGAUAAUAUUGGGGUUAUAUGAUCAUAUUUUCUUGAUCUGGUAAGAACUCUGGCGGCUGCAUUCUGGACUAACUGUAGCUUGUUUAUUGAAGAUGCAGGACAAACACCUAGUAAUGCAUUACAGUAGUCCAGUCUGGAGGUCAGGAAUGCAUGAACUAAUUUUUCUGCAUCAGAUACAGAUAAAAUGUUCCUAAGCUUGGCAAUAUUUCUAAAAUGGAAGAAGGCUGUUUUUGUGAUAUUGGAAAUAUGAUUUUCAAAGGAUAAGUUGCUGUCUAAUAUUACGCCCAGGUCUUUCACUGUUGAGCUAGUAGUAACAGUACAUCCUUCUAGAUGCAAGCUGAAUUGUGAGAGCUUCUCACAAGUGUUUAACACAAAGACACCAGGACAUGAGCCAGCAAUCUGAUGAACACAGAACCUGUGACACUACACACUACACCACCACAGGGAGCCACUCUGAAUGAAACUGACCUGUUAUGGCAGGAGCUACUGAAUAAAACUGACCUGUUAUAUAGAGCAUACAGACUUUUCAUCAGGUUCAUGAUGAAAUUAUAUAAUAACAUAAUUAUCAUAAUAAAUUCUUCUCACUCUGUUGAUGUUUAUUGAUGUAAUGCUGUGGUUAUAAAUUAAACUCAAUGUGUGAGGUGAGUUAACACUUUCCUCUGUGGUCAUUCAGGUGUAUUCUCUCUCCUCUCACUCUUGCUCUGUGUUUCCCAGCUUACAGUUUAUGAUCGUUAGGAUUAUUUUAAUGACACAUCAUACUUUUAUAUCCAUUUAUAGUUAAUCAAUUCAAUUCAGUUAGAUCUGUAUAGUGACCUUUUCCCAGGGUCACAAACAGUUUCACUGACCAAUCUAAAUUCCUGUUACAGUCUAAUGAUGGGGAGCGUCUGUGAGACGAGUUUGGUCCUGUUCUUAUUUAUGUUGUAGCAGAUAUAAAGGCUCAUCCCUCAUCAGUCUCUGGUCUUUGUUGGUACUAUGACAGGGAAAGGUAGAGAGCUGGCUGAUAUGAUGGAGAGAAGGAAGGUGGAUAUACUGUGUGUACAGGAGACCAGGUGGAAGGGUAGCAAGGCUCAUAGUAUAGGAGCAGGAUUCAAGCUGUUUUAUUAUGGUGUGGAUAGUAAGAGAAAUGGGGUAGGUGUGGUCCUGAAGGAGGAGUUUGUGAGGAAUGUUCUGGAGGUGAGGAGAGUGUCAGACAGGGUGAUGAGUCUGAAGUUAGAGGUUGAAGGGGUGAUGUUGAAUGUUGUUAGUGGUUAUGCCCCACAGGUAGGUUGUGAGUUAGAGGAGAAAGAGAGAUUCUGGAGAGAAUUAGAUGAGGUGAUAGAGAGUAUUCCCACGGGGGAGAGAGUGGUGAUAGGAGCAGAUUUUAAUGGACAUGUUGGUGAGGGGAACACAGGUGAUGAGGAGGUGAGGGGCAAGUUUGGAGUUAAGGAAAGGAACCUUGAAGGACAGAUGGUAGUGGACUUUGCUAAGAGGAUGGACAUGGCUGUGGCUAACACUUAUUUCCAGAAGAGGGAGGAGCAUAGAGUGACUUACAAGAGUGGAGGUAGGAGCACACAGGUAGACUACAUCCUAUGUAGAAGAGGCAACCUGAAAGAGAUUAGUGACUGUAAAGUGGUAGUGGGAGAGAGUGUAGCCAGACAGCAUAGGAUGGUGGUGUGUAGGAUGACUCUGAUGGUCUGUAAGAAGAAGAGGUCAAAGAUGGAGAAGAAAACCAAGUGGUGGAAGCUGAAAAAGGAGGAAUGUUGUGAGGAAUUUAGACAGAAGUUGAGGCAGGCUCUGGGUGGUCAGGUAGUGCUGCCAGAUGACUGGGAAACUACAGCAGAAGUGAUCAGGGAGACAGGAAGAAAGGUGCUGGGUGUGUCAUCUGGAAGGGUGUGUCAUCUGGAAGGAGGAAAGAAGAUAAGGAGACUUGGUGGUGGAAUGAGGAAGUUCAGGAUAGUAUUCAGAGGAAGAGGUUAGCCAAGAAGAAGUGGGACAUGGACAGGACUGAAGAGAAUAGACAGGAAUACAUGAGCAAUCACGGCCAGUGACAGGUUUUCCGUAGCUCUGAGGAGGAGGGAAUGUUGGAUGUGUUUGAAUCCUAAGAGUGUGGGCAUUUUUGGUUUCAUCAUUAGUACUGCAAAAAGCAGACAGCCGCUGAAAGAAACUGGCAUUUGUUUCGAUUAUCACAGGAACCUGUUGGGGUCCAAGGGGUUCUGGAUAGACUAACGUGAGUAUUGAUAUGGACUCCUCAACACUAGUGUCUGAAGCUGGAAAUUCAAUGUAAAUAACAAUGUAUCCUUUGUAAGGAUAACUGGACGAGCUAAGACCCCAAAUAGGUAGACCCGCAACAGGUUGGAUGGGCACGUCUGACAGGUUGUUGGCAUACCACGUGUCAAACAUGAUAAUGACCUGACCUGGAUAAUGACCACUGUCUAACGGAGCAUGCUUACCAUUUAUCUUCAAUGCAACAGUGGAGGCAGGGCCCACCAAAACUUUGGGUAGACCACUUCGUUUAUAGGAGUAAGUAGCUGCUUUUGGAGGCUGAAGCGUCAAAUUUGCCACCAUUUGUGGGAUCAUUUUUCUGCCCCUUGGCCUUUCUCAAAGAGUGAAUCAGUUUAUGAAUCACCUGGGUGGAAUUCUCAGGUGCACGACACUUUGAGGUGAUAUGUCUAUUUUCUCCACACCGGUAACAAAAGUAAUCGUUGUUUCUUUUGGUUGACUUAUACAUGAAUGGCCCUGGAGAAUGCUUUGGUGGUAAAUGGGUAUGAGGCUGUGGUGGGUCAAGAGAGCUUUGACUGUGACCAACCCUCAUGACAGCCAACUGUUGCUGGAAAUGUUGUACUUGCUUAUUCAAAGCUUGUACUUCUGACUCAUCCUUUGGUUCUUAUUUUUCUUAUUUUCCUUCAUCCUUCGUUCUAGCAUCAUUGUGGUAGUAGAUAGAGUAGAUGAAUCCUCCCCUCUUAGCUGUGUCUUUAAGUCCUGAAUCUCAGCUUUGAGCUCCUUCAUGGUGGACAGGCUGAUCUUUUCAUCAUUCUGAAGGUGUACAGGCUCUGCAGUGGCUGAUAUUUUGUGUCUGGCUGCUUCACUUUCUUCUGCCUCACGGAUCUCAUUUAAAAGGCUCGUUAAAAAGAAUGGUGGGCUUUCCUUUCGUCCCCUCAACCUCAGUUGCAGUAGCAUUAUAUCACACUCCACAGCACCUCUGAUCAGCUGUUCAACUCUGUCAACCUGUGGUGGGGACAGGCCACCUCUCUGUACCACUUUGUUAGAGAUCUCUCCAUCCUUCUCAGGAAGUUGGAUAAAAGUUCUCCUGGGUUCUGCGGAAGAAGUUGAAAAGCAAGGUACAGGUCUUCUCCAGACUCAGAGGACCCAAAAGCCAUGCUGUAUGGUUUAGAGACAGAGGCAGGAGUCAGAGCUGGAGGUAGCAGAGCUGAGGAUGUUGAGGUUCUCUUUGGACAUGGAGCUGCCAGGCAGAAGGCAAAGAGGAAGGCCAAAGAGGAGGUAUAUGGAUGUAAUAAAUGAGGAUAGGAAGCCAGUGGGUGUAAGUGUUGAGGAUGCAGAAGAUAGAAGCUACAACACCAACCACAUCAUAAAGUUUGCAGAUGACACAACUGUAGUGGGCCUCAUCACCAACAACAACGAGGCCAACUACAGGAACGAGGUGAGUCGUCUGGUCCAGUGGUGUGCCGACAACAAUCUCUUCCUCAACGUGGGGAAGACCAAAGAAAUCGUCAUUUACUUCAGGAAAGGACCACCACAGCACCCCCCACUAACCAUCAACGGUGCUGCAGUGGAGCGGGUGAACAGCACCAGGUUCCUAGGGGUGCAUAUUUCUGAGGACCUCUCCUGGACAACGAACACCACAUCGCUGGCCAAGAAAGCUCAGUCACGCCUUUUUUCAUGUGCUUCUUCUACCGGGGCACCAUUGAGAGCAUUCUCACCAGCUGCAUCACUGUAUGGUACGGAGGAUGUACUGCCUCCUGUUGAAAGACUCUCCAAUGAAUAGUGAAAGCAGCCGGCAAGAUCAUCAGUGUCUCUCUGCCCUCACUUGUGGAUAUCUUCCAUACCCGCCUCACUAGUAGAGCCAUCAGCAUUGCAGCAGAUGGUUCACACCCAUCAAACCUCUACUUCAGCCUCCUGCCUUCAGGGAGAAGGUACCAAAGCCUCCAGGCUCGCUCCACAAGACUCUCAAACAGCUUCAUCCACCAGGCUGUCAGGAUGCUGAACUCUGUCAAUCAUGUCCCUCCUCCCAUACCUACUCCUGGACUCUGAAACCACAGCUCACCCACACUUUAUUGCACAUUAGACACUUUAUACUGUCGACAAAGUUCUAUACAAACUGGACUGUUUACAAAAACUUGUUCUUACAUUACAUGUUUCAGCGUUACAUGCACAAACUAUUUCAAUCUCACACUGUUUUGCACUUUACACCUUACAGUCUUAUUGCACUACUCAUACUGCUGCUAUUGUACAUAUUGUACAGGCUGUUUUCCUACCUAACUUUCUGUGAAGUUUACAUUUAUCUUCAUGUUUAUGUUCAUGUUUACAUCUAUCUUCAGCUUAUUUGCACAUUGAAUAUAUUUGUAUAUUAAUAGAAUUCACUGUUUACACUUACUCAGAUAUAUAUCCAUUCAGAAGUUCAAUUUAUUUUUCACUGGUUUAUUUAUAUCUAUUUAUUAUAAGUAUACUACUGGUACCGUCACAAAUCUGUUCUUUGUUGCAGUAACUGUAAGUACAAUGUUAAUACUGACUUU